UUGUCAAUCAAAUACAACCUUUCAGAUACCUCUAAAGGUGAGGUUAAAGUAUAUAUUGAUAAGCCAUACGAAUAUACAUUUGAAUAUCCAUGUACAUCAACUUCUGACUGUACGCAUUACGACUUAAAUUUUUCACCAGGUAUAUAUUUACUUGAAGUCUGGGGAGCACAAGGAGGUGGUUACAUGUCUGAAAAUGGUGGGGCAGGAGGCUAUUCAAAAGGCAUUUUAACGCUGAAAAACGAGACACGAGGAUUUUUAUAUAUCGGUGGAAAAGGAACAGCAAUUAAAACAAGCGGAAAACAAAUGGGAGGAUUCAAUGGUGGCGGAUAUAGGUAUUAUUAUGAUUAUAAUUAUUAUGGUGCUGGAGGAGGCGGCGCAAGUGAUAUUCGCCUUGAAAAAGACUCAUUUACCACUCGAAUAAUAGUGGCUGGUGGUGGAGGGGGUUCUGGGCAUGGAACCAGUGCUGAUCCUUCUGCUUCAGAAACAACUCAUAACGGAGGAGGUUCUGGAGGAGGUUAUAAAGGUGGUGAUGGAACAUUACGUCCUAGUUCUACAAGUGUAGCUUAUGGUGGCACUCAAAUAAAUCCGGGAGAUGGAGAAAAAUAUGAUUAUCGUAGUAAAGCAAUAUUCGGAAAUGGCGGAUCGUAUACUUGCACCUCAUGCUCUACUCCUGGCAGCGGAGGUGGAGGAGGUUGGUAUGGAGGCGCUGCAUCUGGCUGUUGUGGAUAUAGCGCUGCAGGAGGUUCAGGAUAUGUUCUGACUUCGACUUCAUAUAAACCAAAUGAAUAUGUAUAUAAGAGAGAAUAUUUUUUGAUGAAAGCAUCAAUGAAGAGUGGCAUCAGAUACGGGAAUGGUGCUAUUAAAAUAACAAUAUUAGAUAAUGUUGAUAUUGAAAAUGUUAAAAUUCAGGGUUGCGGCCUAACUGGUGUUUCUUAUUCACGAAUUGCUUCACUUAUAACUUCACCUUCAGUUGCAUAG